AUGGCUGGGCGGGACCAAUUGCAAGAUCACAGGCGGGAUGUAGCCCGAAGGAAACGGGUACAAGCCCCACCGAUCAAGAUAGAGUCCAGUGGACCCAUCUUUGGAACCCCAGUCAAGUCUGACACCAAGGAUGAUCUCAGCCGAACUGUCCAAAAUACUUUAGGCCUGUAUGACAACUUUAAAGGGAAGUCGCAUGAAUCGAGCCUCCUUGGCGUCGGGUACCAACCUCAAACACCUUUACCGGGAGAGAACAAGAACAUCAGCCACUUUCCUGUCAUGCACGGACAGAUCAAGUCAACAGGGCAGCAUUCCUCAACGCCUGGUAGCAGUGGGAAAUCCAGUAGCCAGGCGAAGAACAGUCCGGCUGAGGCAUCAUCGUUGCAUCGACAUGGCAGCUCGAAGCCGGCCCCAGCUGGCGCUUCAUCAUCCUCUUCCAAGGGUGUGAAGCGCGAGUCUGGAACCGCUUCGCAGUUGUCAUCAUCGUCAACAAGUACCUCGUCUUCUAAAUCUGCCCACCCUUCAAUGUUUGAUAAAUCAAAGGAUAGCAAUCAGAGACGGUCUAAAGAUGGUUCCUCUGGUGUUAGACCAAAGGCCCAAGGAUCGGGUAGCUCUGUUGAAUCUAGUAGUUCGCAGCCGAAAUCAUCAUCGAAUCAGUCAUCAAAACAACAUGGUACAAUGUCAUCAUCAUCGGCUUCCAAGCCAGGAAGCUCCCGCCCUUCCUCAUCAAACUCUACCAGUAGAGGGAGCAGCAGCAGCUCCUCCAAUUCCAGCGCCUCUGAUUCCAAAACAGUUCUCCACCCCAACGGCCUUUUGACAGAGACGUGUCACAGUAUCACAAACUAUCCCUCGAAACAGAGUGGUGCUAAAAGUGAACAAAAGGAUAGCAAACAGGCUAGCGGUCACAGCAAAAAGGACACUGUUUCAUUCCGAGAACUGCCAUUUAUUUCCCCUAUGCCGGAUAUCGUAGCAGACUUUCAGUCAAGAUCUACCCCAAACCCUGCGAGAGAAGUAAAGAAGGAUCGAGAUGGUGAUACUAAGCAACGCCCCAGGCUGGAUAUUCCAAAAAAGGGUACACAUCAAGGUCAUAGUAAACAUAAAGAAGUGGAACAAAUUUUUGAGGUAAGAUAAUUUUCAUAAGAAAUAAUCAUAUAGGUGUAUCAUAACUUGCUCUAGCUGGCUUCCAGGUUGAGCAGCUGUACCAACGCUAGAUCAGAAUGAAAUUGGAUCAAAGUUUGAAAUUCAAGCUCAAGCCAGUUGUUGGUGUGCAUACGUUACAUGUACACUGUAAAAAUGCCGUAUGAAAUUUUUAGCACGCUUUUCAAGCCUGUCACUUUAACAGCUAUGGUUGAAAGUUUUAAACAAGUUGUUUAAAAAUUUAAACAGGUUGUGCAAAAAGUUAACAUAAUUGUUUUAAACUUUAAACAAUAGUCGUUGGACUGAUGACCUUAAACACUGGGCUUAAAAUUCAAAACAGUGUUUUUAAAGGAGAAAUAUAUUGAAAAUCGUAAAAAUGGAGAAUCAUAUAU